AUGGCUGGAAUACUCUUGCUGCUGGCUCUGGCAGUCUUUCCAGGCGCUGUACAAGGCUUGUGGCCGAUGCCAAGGUCCAUCACAUCGGGGACGACUGCUUUGAAGCUUUCGCCGGGUUUCUACAUCCAAGCUUCUGCGGUCAAUCCGCCUCAGGCAGAUCUGCUGGCUGCUGUUGCACAGACAGAACUCUAUUUGCGGACCGAUAACAUGCAGCGUCUCGUUCUCGGAAGAGGAGCGUAUGACAUGAGUGUCGUGCAAUCUGCGAGUACCCUGCCGUCCUUGACGUUGUCCUUGGAACCCGGAGCCACCGCUGAAAGUAUCUCUACGGAGGCAGUCAAGGCACUCGGGUCCCGAAGUGAAGGAUACUCGUUGACCGUACCUUCUGAUGGAUCCGCUGCCACUUUGACCGCGAACUCUACGCUUGGCCUGUUCCGUGGUUUGACUACCUUCAGCCAGAUGUGGUAUGAAUAUGAUGGGCAGAUAUACACUAUAUCCGCGCCGUAUGACAUCGUAGACUCUCCUGCAUACCCUUUUCGAGGAUUUAUGCUUGACACAGCCAGGAACUACUUCCCGGUGUCAGAUAUCUACCGUACGCUCGAUGCAAUGAGCUGGGUCAAAAUCAACACGUUCCACUGGCAUAUCACGGAUAGUCAGAGCUUCCCCCUCAUAGUAGCCGAGUAUCCCGAACUGGCACAGUAUGGGGCGUACUCUUCAUCUGACGUCUAUACGCCCACGGAUAUCCAAAACAUAGUGUCUUACGCUGCUGCACGUGGAAUCGAUGUGUUGCUGGAAAUUGACACGCCAGGUCAUACUGCCUCAAUCGCCGACUCGCACCCCGAGUACGUCGCCUGCAACCAGGCUACGCCUUGGGGUGACUUCGCCAACGAGCCCCCCGCGGGCCAAUUGCGGUUCACCGACCCGGCAGUCCGCAACUUCACCACGUCACUUCUCUCGUCUGUCGCGAAGACCCUUCCGAGCACGAUGUUCAGUACUGGCGGCGACGAGCUGAAUAUUAACUGCUAUACCCAGGAUAACCAGACGCAGGCGGAGCUGAUCAGCACCGGGCUGACUCUCGAGGAGGCGCUGAGCGCGUUCACGCAGCAGACACAUGGGAGCUUAAUCGCUGAGGGGAAGACGCCUGUCGUCUGGGAAGAAAUGGUCCUCGAUCAUAACGUCACCCUUGCUAACGACACGAUUGUCAUGGUCUGGAUCUCGUCCGCCGACGCCGCGUCAGUCGCGGACAAAGGUUUCCGGCUGGUACAAGCACCUUCGGAUUAUUUCUACUUGGAUUGCGGCGGUGGCGGAUGGGUCGGAGACAACCCAGCAGGGAACAGCUGGUGUGAUCCUUUCAAGACCUGGCAAAGGGCCUAUACGUAUGAUCCACUCGCCAACCUUACGGCAGCGCAGAUUCCUCUCGUAUUAGGCGGUGAACAAUUGCUGUGGACGGAGCAAUCCUCGCCGACGAAUCUGGAUCCCAUCGUAUGGCCACGCGCCGCUGCAUCCGCGGAGGUCUUCUGGACCGCCACAUCGCCCGGUGGAGGUGCUCUAAAUGUAACGGAGGCGCUCCCCAGGCUGCACGACAUACGGUUCAGGAUGGUCCAGAGGGGCGUGAAUGCGAUUGUCCUUCAGCCUCUUUGGUGUGCCUUGAGGCCCGACGCUUGCGACAUCAAUGCGUAG